UUCAGCGGUUGGAAUAUUUUGGUGCAAACAGUUAAAAUGACAGAAAUGAAUAAUAAUCCUGAGCAGAAGAUAUAAAGCAGCUGCAGCUGCAACACAUUGAAAUGUUUUACUGUCGUUAUCUCUGCUGUGAAUCUGCAGCCCUUUAAACCUCUGGAGCCGCUUUCUUCUUCCAACAAUCUGCUCUGGAAUUAUGAUAAAACACAGAAACAUUAGCAGAUUGUUCUGUUCGCUGGUUUUGUUGCCAAAGAAUAAAAAUAAAAAAACAAUUUAUGAGAUCCAGUUAGUUUCCUACACAUGUGGCCAGAAGCUGAUGAUCCAUGAAAAACAGCCCGUUAUUCUGCUGCAGCUCAGAGCGACGCCUGCUGGCCGGUAAAGAGAACUGCAGCUGCUCCAGGUCUGAGGCAAAGACAUGAGGAACAUGGAGGAGUACGGAGGCCCGACAGGGACAAAACUGAUUGAAUAUAGCAAGGAAUCCAGCCGUCAUCCAUCCAUCUGGAGUCGGGUGGAUGAUGGAUCAUUUCAUUGUACUUUAUUGAUUAAUGCCUCUCUCUGCCUUUAGGAUCAAUAACAUAUUUUAUCUUGUGAAUUAAACUGAUCAGUCCUGAACUUCAGCAGAUCUGUUGAUCGAUUCAGAUCAACAGAUCAGUUUAAGAUGCUGCAGAACAAUCAGAAUAUCCUGGAUCAGCAGCUAAAUCAUUUCUGUCUUUCUUCCUCCUGGCCGCCAGGCGGCGGCACGCAGCGCGAGGCCGCGUCACUGUGUGAUGACACGUCACCACGUCAUGAAAACAGGGCGCGUGUGCGGUGGCGGCAGGUUUAAAGAGUCUAAGUUUGGAGCGCAGAAAGACAUUUGUGGUGAAAUCCGGGAUUUAACGGCGGAUUAUCGGGAUGAGCGGGAACAGCGGGAUGUCUGAGGACAGCCUUCCCCUGCAGGAGCUCUGCUGCCAGACGCGGUUCGGCAUCAAGCGGAAGAGCCUCGGUUCCGAGUCCACUCCGACCGACCUGGUGCUGCUGCGCUCCCCGCGGCCCAAGCAGCCCUGGCCGGCCUGCCUGGGCAAGGAGAACCGGGAGGACCGGGAGGACCGGUUCGUCCUGGCCCGGAGGUCCCGGAGGAGGCUGCGGUCCGGCUCAGGUGUUUCCUGGGAUCACCUGCCGGACGAGCUGCUGCUGCGGAUCUGCGGCGGCCUCCCGCUGCGGGACCUGCUGCGGGUUUCUGCGGUCUGCCGCCGGUGGCGCCGCCUGGCGCUGGACGAGUCCCUGUGGGUCAGUGUGGACCUGGAGGGCCUGACCCAAACGGGCCCGGCUCUGCGCUUGGUCCUGAGGACCGGGGUCCAGAGGCUGCGCUGCCCGCGAGCGUUUGUUGAGGAACCGGACCUCUCAGAACCCGGGCGGCUCCAGCUGGUGGAUCUGGACCUGUCCGGUUCCGUGUUUUCUCCCUCGGCGCUGCGCAGCGUCGUCUGCCGCUGCAGCCGGCUGCGCCGCCUCAGCCUGGAGGCGCUGCCGCUGUCCGACGACGUCCUCAGCUGCCUGGCCCAGAACCCGGACCUGCUGCACCUCAACCUGAGCGGCUGCUCCGGUUUCUCCGCCGCCGCUCUGGCCGCCAUGCUGGACUCCUGCCGCAGGUUGGAGCAGCUCAACAUUUCCUGGUGCGUCUUCAGCAGGAACCACGUCCAGAACCUGGUGGAGAACCUGAGCCCCUCCGUCACACACCUCAACCUGAGCGGCUACCGGGACAGCCUGGUGCUGGACGAUGUGAAGGUUCUGGUGGACCGAUGUCCGGACCUGCAGACGUUGGAUCUCAGCGACAGCACGCUGCUGACGGCCGACAGCUUCCUGGUUCUGAAGCGGCUGAAGAAGCUGCUCCACCUGUCGCUGAGCCGCUGCUACCACAUCCACCUGGCGGCGCUGUGUGACCUCGGGAAGGAGAUCCCGUCUCUGCGGUUCCUGGACGUGUUCGGUCUGGUCCAGGACGGCCAGCUGGCGGCGCUGCAGGACGACUCGCCGCGUCUCGCCAUCAACGCCCGGCCGUUCUCCGCCGUGGCCCGGCCCACUCCGGCCGGCGCCGCCCAGCCCGACCGCACCAUGUGGGGCCGCGGCUGCAGACUGAAGGUCCGGUUCUGACCGGACCUGAGGGUUUCUGGUUGUGUUCGGUGUUCCUGGUACCGGGUCAGAUGGUGGACCCGGCCGCUGUUGGACUCUGCCGGUUCUGAUGAUGUGAAAGUUCUGGGCUCUCUGCUGUAAUAAUGACUCAACGCUGGAAUCACUGAACAGUUUUAAUGGAAGAGGAAGUUCUGGUUCCGACGGGUCCAAAAGCGAUCCGUUCGGUUCCGACCCAGUUUUAUAUUUGAAAAUGUUGACUGAUUUUAUCUGAAUCGUGUUUGUAUUAAACCCUGGAAGCUG